AUGGCGUUGGCUCCCUCCAAUCCUGUUGUGGUCAAGUGUUCUACUCCCACGCUCCAGGAACUUGAGGCCAGGGCUCUGUGGUCAACCAAAGACCCAGAUGCAUGUCAAGUAACGGCAGAAGAGUGGAUCUGCACAAACCGAGCAAAGCAUCCUAGCAGGCACGAUGUGGCAAACGCUCCAACGGACAACUUUCUUCUCUGGCUGCCUCCAUUGCACUACAAAGAAUGUGGCAAACUGAACCCAACAGGGUAUUCCUGGGCUAUGUCGGGCUCCAAAGUGAAUAGGCAAUCACUUGAUUGCCUCGUCAGGAAUCAAGGAGACCAUGAUGGCGUUGGCUCCCCCCAAUCCUGUUGUGGUCAAGUGUUCUACUCCCACGCUCCAGGAACUUGAGGCCAGGGCUCUGUGGUCAACCAAGGACCCAGAUGCAUGUCAAGUAACGGCAGAAGAGUGGAUCUGCACAAACCGAGCAAAGCAUCCUAGCAGGCACGAUGUGGCAAACGCUCCAACGGACAACUUUCUUCUCUGGCUGCCUCCAUUGCACUACAGCGAA